UUUUUCUCAAAAAAUCCCCAGCGCAAGCCCAUUCUGCAUAAAUGGGAUUUAACAAUUUCUUCCAAAACUGCCCCUUUUUCCUCUCACUCGCAAGCACUCUGUCUUCUACAGUGCAGCCCCUCUCUUCCUCGCAUUUCCUGUCUCUCAAACUUUGUCUUCUCAGGCCAUCACAAAGGUUCUGAAAACCCGUCCCUCUCAUUCUCUCUUUGGUCUGCCUUCUCGGAGCUCCACUCAGUGCAAGAGAGGGAGCUGAGUUUCUGCAAUUUUCUUUGCAAAGUAUCCGAGAAAGAGGAGAAGAGCUUGCUGAAAAUAUUCACACAAGUCGAAAGUAUUAAUUGUCGGAAGAGCCAUUUGUCCAGCUGAGACGAUCAGUAACUUUUAGGGCUGGGCAUCUAAGCACCACCCUCGCCGCCUCCUCUUGUCUCUGCGAUUCCUUCAGUUGAAGUCUCGACGUCACACGCCACCGAACAGGUGCGCACCAUUGGCUCGUCGUGAGCUGGAAUUGCUCAUCUCCGAUCACUACAAUCGGCUGACUUGAUGGGAUCUAUUAACUUUUACGAGUUCGAGACUAAAGAUGAAGUGGUGCUAAAAGCAAGACAGAAGGAAGCCAUGAAUGACGAUCAAUUCAUGGUUGUACUAAGUACAUCACAUACAAUACAAAGCGACUUGGUAAUCCCAAAAAAAUUUGUGCAAAAAACAGAAAUAAACAACUUGUGCACAAAUUCCAUACCCUUUUUCUUGCCUCCAGCUAAUAUUAAAACGAGGUCAAGGCAUGAGAGAUUUCGCUUGUUCUCCCUACGUGUAGAACGAGAAAUAUGUGUAGGUGAAUGGGAGAACAAAAGGUGGAAAGCAGAGAUCAAACAUGAGCUGCAAAAACCUUACAGGACCAGUUUAACUAGGGACUGGCUAACCUUCUCAAGGGAAAAUCAACUGAAAGUUGGUGACCACCUCAUUUUAAAACUCCUUCCCGCCUCCCUGGAGUUGGUUUUGGUUGGCGUUUAUCGCCACAAGGUAGCUACUCCUCUGCUUGCCUCCGAUGGUCGAAAAUUACAGGCCAAUGCAGAGGGUAGUUCCGAGGAGCUUGUGGAUCCACCAAAGGUUGAGGACAAGAUUGGGGCUGUUCCAAAUGGGCUAUCCACCGAAUCUGACGUCGCUAAUAGGGCGGCAGAGUCAAUCUCAAAGAGAUCACUCCACAGCAACACGGAGCAGUUUCAGUUCCAGGCAGAGGUGUCUCGGCUCAUGGAUAUUAUUAUCCACUCUCCCUAUAGCAACAAAGACAUUUUCCUCUGGGAGCUGAUCUCCAAUGCUUCUGAUGCGCUCUACCAGAUUAAAUUCAUUGCCCUCACAGACAAGGAGAUUUUGGGUGAAGGCGAUAACACUAAACUCGAGAUUCUGAUUAAAUUAGACAAGGAGAAGAGAAUCCUCUCCAUACGUGACAGGGGUAUAGGCAUGACAAAGGAGGACUUAAUCAAGAACUUGGGAACCAUAGCAAAAUCUGGAACUUCAGCCUUUUUGGAGAAGAUGCAGACAAGUGGUGAUCUCAAUCUUAUUGGGCAAUGUGGAGUUGGGUUCUACUCUGUGUACCUCGUUGCAGAUAAUGUGGAAGUCAUUAGCAAACACAAUCAUGACAAACAGCAUGUUUGGGAGUCAAAGGCUGAUGGGUCAUUUGUAGUUUCUGAGGAUACAUAUAAUGAACCACUAGGACGUGGUACUGAAAUUAGAUUGCACCUUAGAGAAGAAUCAGGGGAGUAUUUGGAAGAGAGCAAACUAAAAGAAUUGGUGAAGAAAUAUCUUGAAUUUAUCAACUUCCCCAUUCACCUCUUGGCAAGCAAAGAAACUACUUAUGAGUGGGAGCUUCAAAAUGAUGUUAAACCUAUAUGGUUGCGCAAUCCAAAGGAAGUGACUGAUGAAGAGUACACCAAAUUCUAUCACUCUCUUGCCAAGGAUUCCGGUGAUGAGAAGCCUUUAUCAUGGAGCCACUUUACAGCUGAAGGUGACGUAGAAUUCAAGGCUGUCCUGUUUGUGCCUCCUAAGGCUCCUCAUGAUCUAUAUGAGAGCUACUCUGAUGCCAAUAAAUCCAACUUGAAGUUGUAUGUUAGAAGGGUUUUCGUAUCAAAUGAAUUUGAUGAGCUUUUGCCAAAGUAUCUGAACUUUUUGAAGGGUCUUGUCGAUUCUGACACCUUGCCACUCAAUGUAUCACAAGAAAUGCUUCAACAACACAGCAUUUUGAAGUCAAUUAAGAAGAAGCUCAUCCGGAAAGCCCUUGAUAUGAUCCGUAAACUUGCUGAGGAAGAUCCUGAUGAGUCCAAUGACAAAGACAAGGAAGAGGUUGAAAAAUCCAGUGAUGAUGAUUGGAAGAGAGGCCAAUAUACUAGAUUCUGGAAUGAAUUCGGCAAGUCCAUUAAACUCGGUAUCAUUGAAGACACGGCUAACAGGAAUCGUUUGGCAAAACUCCUAAGAUUUGAGAGCACCAAGUCAGAUGGAAAAUUGACUUCACUAGAUCAGUACAUUUCAAGGAUGAAAUCUGGGCAGAAGGACGUAUAUUACAUUACUGGAGCCAGCAAGGAACAAUUGGAAAAAUAUCCAUUCAUUGAGUGGCUUAAGAAGGAAAAUUAUGAGGUUAUUUUCUUCACCGAUCCUGUUGAUGUAUCUCUGAUGAAAUACUUGGUGGACUAUGAAGUCAAGGAACUCAAGGAAUCAUACAAGGAACUCACUAAAUGGUGGAAGAGUGCUCUUGCCAUUUAUGAUGUGGAUGAUGUGAAGCUGUCCAUCCGAUUGGCUGACACACCUUGUGUGGCUGUGACAUCAAAUUUUGGUUGGAGUGCAAACAUGGAGAAGAUCGUGCAGUCUCAGACUUUAUCAGAUGCUAGCAAGCAAGCAUGCAUGCGUGGCAAGACACUUGUGAUUAACCCAAGGCAUCCAAUCAUCAAGGAGCUCCAGGAGAGAGUAGUAAAGAACACUGAGGAUGAGAGUGCAAAGCAGACAGCAAUGCUUAUUUACCAGUUUGCACGCGUGGAGAGUGUUUCCAAUUUUCCAGACCCCAAGGAUUGUGCCUCCCGCUUCAACAGUUUAGUGAAAUCUAUCCUAAACAUCAACCCUGAUCUUGCAGUUGAGGAGGAAGAAUAUGUUGAAGAGGUUGAGACAGAAACUGCAAACACUUUCUUUUUUACUGAAAUUACCUAGAUAGAUGGAUUCAAAGAUAAAGCAAACACCUUUUUUUUUAUUUUUUUUAUAUAUAUACUGAAAUUACAAUCAA